AUGAAGAAUUCAACACUUGGCAAAUCAUAUAGUGUUGGUGGAGUCUUGACUCUCAAAUCUUUCGUUAAUGAUUUCAAAUAUUCGACUGCUCAUGCAACUCGCGUCAGUUCUCUUGCUGUUGGCCUGCAGCAGGCGGGUGCUUUUGUGGCAUGUUUCUUCAUAUGGCCCAUUGCGGAUCGUAUCGGGCGCAAGCUUUCAUUGCAAAUUGCUUCCUUUAUUUUCAUUGUUGGUGCCAUAAUGGAAACGGUCAAUUCUCAUAGUAUGGCAGUAUUUUAUGCUGGGAGAGUUGUCGCUGGUGCGGGCCUUGGAGCUGCGAGUGUGAUUGGGAGCUUUUUCCAAUGGUUUUACACUUUUGGAAUAUUUACUUCGUAUUGGGUUGACUAUGCCACGGCUGAAGUAGUCCCUUCUGUGUCCAGACAAUGGCAGUUUCCCAUUGGUCUCCAGAUUAUCCCAGCCGGUCUUCUUGGUCUCGGAAUGUUUACUUUGAAGGAAAGUACUCGUUGGCUUACCAAGAAAGGAAGACACGACGAGGCUUGGGAAACCUUAAGGUGGAUUCGAGCAGAUGAAUCGCAAGAUACGAUUGAAGAGAUGGAGGAAAUUCGUGUAGGCGUCGAAAUGGAAGAGAGAGCUACCGAAGGAUUUCAUGUGAAGGAACUUGCUGAAAGGAAUAACUUCAAUCGUAUUCUCACAGCAUUCGCCAUCUUCACAGCUCAACAAGCUACAGGCGCAACAGCCUUUGCCUAUUAUGGGCCGCAAUAUUUUAAUUUACUCGUCGGCGGUGGAAAUCGAGAUUUACUACUGACUGCCAUAUUUGGUGCAAUCAAAAUUGUAGCGUGUGGAGUCUUUGUACUCUUCCUUUCCAAUCACAUUGGUCGACGAGUAGCUUCGAUUGGUGGAGCAUUAUUUAUGAGUGCUUGUCAAAUUACAACUGCAGUCGUGGUCAAAGAGCUUCCAGCUACAAAGACUGGAGGUGUUACAAGUAGUGGUAUCGCGACAGUGGCUCUCAUCUACAUGUUUGUUAUUGCAUACAAUCUUUCUUGGGGACCACUGCCAUGGCCAUAUGUAUCUGAAAUCUUUCCAACGAGAAUCAGAGAACCAGGUAUCGCCAUUGGAGUGUCAUCCCAAUGGCUUUUCAACUUCGUGUUUUCCUUAACAACUCCGUACAUGAUCGAGAACCUUGGAUGCGGUACAUUCCUCCUCUGGGGUCUGUUCGAUGGCAUAAUUGCAGUUGUAUCAUUCUUUUUCUUGCGCGAAACUCAAGGAUUGAGUCUGGAGGAGAUAGCACAUAAUGAUUAUGGACGAGCAACGACUUUCAAAGAGGACGAUAUCUUGGUUGAACAUGGUCCGACGACAACUUACGGAUCGGCAUCUAAAUGA